AUGGCAUAUGAAAGUUCAGCUCUUUACAAGGAAAGCAUAAAGAAGUGGCAUGAUUCUAGAAUCCUUAAGAGGGAGUUCCAAGCAGGAGUUUGGGUGUUACUAUAUAAUUCUCGACUCAGACUCUUUACGGGAAAGCUCAAAUCCAAAUGGUCAGGUCCAUUUGGUGUAACACGAGUGUUCACAAAUGGUGCCAUUGAAGUCGAAGGUAAAGAGGGACAUGCAUUCAAAGUGAAUGGGCAACGCUUGAAGUUGUACUUUGGUGAAUGCCAGGAGAUUUCUCUGAUUGGGGUGUUGUAUCUGGAAGAUUCUUGA